CAGGUUUCAGCGUGGAGAUUACCACAUCGACGUGUGUAUAAACGACUAUCUGGACGUGUACUGUCCGCAUUACGAGGACUCUGUGCCGGAGGAGCGUACGGAGAGAUAUGUUCUCUACAUGGUGAAUUAUGACGGAUACAGCACCUGCGACCACACGGCCAAAGGAUUCAAGCGCUGGGAGUGCAAUCGCCCUCAUUCGCCCAACGGGCCGCUCAAGUUCUCGGAGAAAUUUCAGCUUUUUACACCCUUUUCUCUGGGCUUCGAGUUCAGGCCCGGACGGGAGUAUUACUACAUUU